UCUGGCCAAAUUUUGUGCUGACGACUAGGGUUUUGAGAUGAUGAUUGAUGCUGUGGACCUAAAUGUUUCACCCGAGCCUGAGGAAGAGGAGGAUCCUUUCAUAAAGAGACGCCUUGAAACCCGAAUAGAGUCUGCUGUUGAGAUCGCUAAACGGGAGCGUGAAGAAAGAAGGAAAAGAAUGAAAAUAGACAGGCCAACCCGAAUGCCUCGGCCAGUUCAGCAGAAUAACUGUGAUACUAGAGAUAAAAGCAAAAUCCCUCAAGGUUGGCUGGAUUGUCCUGGUUUUGGUCUGGAGAUUGGAUGCAUCAUUCCUUCUAAGGUUCCCCUUAGCGAAUCUUACAACGAACAUGUUCCUCCUGGCAAAAGAUACUCUUUUAAGCAGGUCAUCCGCAACCAGAGAAUCAAUGGACGUAAACUUGGUCUAGUCAUUGAUCUUACUAACACAACUCGUUACUAUUCUACACUAGACUUAAAGAAGGAUGGCAUCAAGCAUGUUAAGAUUGCUUGCAGGGGUCGUGAUGCGGUUCCAGAUAAUGUCUCUGUUAACUCCUUCGUCAACGAGGCUAUUCAGUUCAUCGUUAAUCAAAAACACCAAAAGAAGUAUAUCCUCGUCCACUGUACGCAUGGGCAUAACCGGACUGGGUUCAUGAUUGUUCAUUAUCUUAUGCGCUCUGUGCCCACCAUGAACGUUACCCAGGCGUUGAAAAUGUUUUCGGAUGCCCGCCCACCUGGGAUAUAUAAACCGGAUUAUAUUGAUGCUUUGUACACUUUUUAUCACGAAAUAAAGCCUGAGACUGCUACUUGCCCUCCUACUCCUGAAUGGAAGAGGCCUACCGACCUUGAUCUUAAUGGUGAUGCAGUUCAUCAAGAUGAUGAUGAUGAUGAUGAUGAUGAUGAUGAUGAUGAUGAUGCUGAGGCUCUGCCUGGCCCUGUCCAAGAAAUCAGUCAGGAGGAGAAUGUGAAGAUGUCAAAUGAUGACAUUCUGGGUGAUGAAAUACCCCAUUAUCAGGAGAAAGCUUACAGAAAAUUCUGUUAUAAGAUGCUUAUGAUAAAGAAUGAUGUAAAAGGAUGCACGCAAUUCCCAGGUUCACACCCUGUAUCUUUAGACAGGGAGAAUUUGCAACUAUUGAGGCAACGGUACUACUACGCGACAUGGAAGGCAGAUGGAACACGAUAUAUGAUGCUCUUAACUAUAGAUGGUUGCUAUUUGAUAGAUAGGAGCUUUAAGUUUCGGAGAGUACAAAUGCGUUUCCCCUGUAGGCAAUCAAGUGGAGGAAUAUCUGAGCAAGUGCAUCAUUUCACUUUGCUAGAUGGAGAAAUGGUUAUUGAUAAUCCGAAAGAUGAAAAAGGGCAGGCCAGGAGGAGGUACCUCGUAUAUGAUCUGGUAGCAAAUAACGGUGAAUCAGUCGUAGAGCGGAGUUUCUGUGAAAGAUGGAACAUGAUCGUGCGUGAGGUGAUUGGACCCCGGGAAGCUGAAAAGCACAAAAUUCAUUGCUACAGAUACGACCUGGAGCCCUUCGGAGUACGGCCGAAGGGAUUUUGGUUACUUUCUACUGUUGAGAAGCUAUUGAAGAGCACCAUCCCAUCCCUUUCCCAUGAAUCUGAUGGCCUAAUAUUUCAGGGUUGGGACGAUCCUUAUGUUCCACGAACCCAUAAAGGUCUACUAAAGUGGAAGUACGCUGAUAUGAACUCAGUUGACUUUCUAUUUGAGAUGGGAAAGGAUGAUGGACGAGGAAUGCUCUACUUGAACGAGAGAGGAAAGAAAAAGCUUAUGGAAGGCUAUUCGGUUGAGUUUAGAGAUGCAGACCCUGAACCUGCCAUUUACUGUGGUAAGAUUAUAGAGUGUUCAUGGGAUAUGGAGAAGCAAGUUUGGGUUUACAUGCGGACCAGAGUUGAUAAGUCUACACCAAAUGAUAUCCAUAUCGCUCGUAAUGUGAUUAAAAGCAUAACCGACAACAUAACAGAAGAUGUGCUGCUUCAGGAAAUAAGAGAGAUUAUCCGUCUUCCAAUGUAUGUAGAUCGAAUUCAAAUUGACCUUCGAGCCGCUUCCGCUGCACGCCGAAGGUGAGACGAAUUUACUAAUAGGGUAUCAGUUUUUAUUUAAUAGUACUAGGUGUUGUUCUGUUUCAGUGUCUCAGUUGUUUGAAAAUGGUUGUCCAUAGAUGUUGUUCUGUUUUAACGUCUCAGUUGUUUGAAAAUGGUUGUCCA